GUUAUAUAUGAAUCCAAGGCUCCACGGCUCCAAGCUCCGUCUCGGCUUCUCCACACUGUGUUCAGCUUUCUCCCAUAUCUCAGGCUCUCAGGGGGUAGUUAUCCGCAUCGACGAUCUUGUUGCAGACAUGGCCAGCAACAGCACGAAGCUCUAUGUAAUGUGGGUAGCUAAACGGAAAACAUUAAAUUGCUACUACUCCUUGUACAGUCAUGUGGGGAUCAUGGCAAGGGAAGUUCAUCGGGGAGCCAAUAGUGUAGAAGGUGUGGAAGCCACGCUCUGGCAGGUGCCUGAGACACUUCCGGAGCGGGUAUUGGAGAAGAUGAAGGCACCACCAAAAGCAGAGGAUGUGCCUGUAAUAAGUCCCGAACAACUUGUGGAAGCCGAUGGUUUUCUCUUUGGAUUUCCAUCUCGUUUUGGGAUGAUGGCGGCCCAGUUCCAAGCUUUCUUUGAUGGCACCCAUGAGCUCGGGGAUUCUCAGGCGCUCGCUGGUAAACCUGCUGGUAUCUUCUGGAGCACCGGUUUCCAUGGAGGGGGCCAGGAGAAUACUGCAUUAACAGCAAUGACACAGUUAGCACAUCUUGGCAUAAUUUUUGUCCCUCUCGGGUACACUUUUGGAAGUGGCAUGUUUGAGAUGAAUGAAUGGAAGGGUGGCUCUCCAUAUGGUGCUGGAACUUAUGCAGGAGAUGGUUCUCGACAACCCACGGAACUAGAGCUCCAACAAGCAUUUUACCAGGGUAAGUAUGUUGCUGAAAUAGCAAAAAAGCUCAAAGACAAUACCCCUAUUGUGUGACAACACCCUAUGUUCAAGAUGAAGUUUGUAGAAUGUGGCAACAAUGUAAUUUUUUUUACUCCUUAUCCUUUAUUGUUACUAGAAUGUAAAUACAUUAUUCCACAAAAAUAUGUAAGUAAGAAAGAGGGUGAGAAGGUUGCAUCUUCAUAA